AUGUUGAAACUCGGCGUGUUUUGGGAAGCCAAUCCCAAAGCUUGGAUGACGGGCGCAAUCUUCGAAAAAUGGCUCGAUAAAUUCAAUGCUCGCAUGCAGAGCCUGGGCGGGAAAGUUUUGAUGCUAGUAGACAAUGCUCCAUGCCCAUGCCAUAUUCGUCGCUCCAUGAGCAACGUUCAUCUGCUCUUCUUGCCACCAAAUAUGACGAGCAAGCUCCAGCCUUUGGAGCAAGGCAUAAUACAAGCUUUCAAACUACAAUACAGAGGCUUGAUGCUGCGGUGGCUUCUGACACGGAUGCAUGAAUGUGAGAGCGCUACGGAUCUCACGAAGAAAAUCAACGUUCUUGAAGCACUCCCAUGGAGCCACGCCGACUGUCCAGGCUCCGAGCCCCUCAAUGAGAAAGACGAAGCGGAGGACACUUGCGACGUGAGGUCCGCAUCGUCCCAAGAGGCGCUCCUAGCGAUCGAGACCUUGAAGUCUUUCGUAUUCGCGGCGGGCGCGAUGCCGUCAAAUGCCUACGAUUCUAUCCUUGAGCGUAAGAGAGAAGUCAAGAACUUCAUCUUGAACAACAUUCAGGAGUUACUGCGUCAGACCGAUUUACACACCUUCAUGAGCAGGAAUGACAAAAUCUAA